AUGUCAAUGUCAGAAACAGGUUCAAAGAUGUCCAAGAGACGUUUUAUAUGCGAAGAUCCAAAGUGCUUGAAAUCUUUCACUCGCAGGGAUUACCUUAUCAGACAUGAAGCUAACCAUAGUAAAGUUCGGCCCUACCAUUGUAUACUAUGCAAAGUAAGAUUUGCACGUAAAGACCUAUUACGAAAACACACUAGUUCCCAUUCACAUCUAAAGAAGCAAGAGGCGCAUAGUAAUCACCACAAAGAACUUGUCAUAAUGAAUUUCACUCCGAAUCCUUCAAGUGGUAGCAAGAGUACUGAUCUUAGAGAGUUAUCAGAACAGAAAUAUUGCUCAGAAGAGGCGAUUACCGAACCUCAUUAUGAAUUAGGAAACAAGGAUGAUACUUCAAGUCCUACUGGGAAUAAUUCUGAGAUUAAGUCUAAGAACUUGGAUCUUAAUAUAAACCCUCAGAACUGCGAACGUAAACCUUCACCAGAUUUCUCAGAGAGAUCAAGCAGCAUAAGCUCAAAUCAUAACGUAAUUGAUAACGAAACAUAUAGUAGCAUUUCGAAUAUACUUAAAGAUAUUGGGAUUGAGCAGAUAUAUUCAUUGGAAAGUGUGAAUAACUUUUUAGCACUCUUUUGGCUGAAAUUUAUUACCACCUAUCCAAUUAUACAUUAUCACACUUUUGAAGCGAAUAAUUCGGAUCCAAAAUUAUUGUUGACUAUGAUUUCGUUAGGGAUGGCUUAUACCGAGGAUAAACAUGACUAUCACUUUUCGAAGAUGAUUCAUCGAAAUUUGAAGAAUUUACUAUUUAAAGAUGUAGUUGAUAGGGCAGAUGUCAAGAUUUCAACUUUGCAAGCUAUUCUAUUAGAUAAUUAUUAUUGCAAACUACUUGGAGACACAGCACAAUUUCGAAUUUCAGAGUUGUUUCACGGCACAGGAAUUAACUUAUUGAGAUACUCUGGUUAUUUGGACAAUUUGGUAGGGCAACCAUUAAAAGAUUUUCGCCAGUUGUCUAGCUUAGAGCAAUCAAGACAGUGGAAAGAAUGGAUAGAUUAUGAAUCGAGUAAAAGAACGGCCUUUUUUGGAUUCUUGAUAGAUGUUCAAAAUACGUCAUUAUUUGGUUAUCGACAAUUGCUUUCCGCUUUUGAAAUGCAAUUAGAAUUGCCAUGUUCGGAUGCUGUUUGGAAUGCUGCCAAUCCAAUAUGUUUUUACAAAGAAUACAUGAAGCAACCUAAAGAAAUGUCUCAAAAAUAUGGAGAGGGAUAUGAUCCAAAUAAUGGUACGAUUCCAAUGCCCGAAAUCAAAAUAGAAGGUAAUUGGCCAUCAUUUCUAUGGAGCUUGAGACGGUUAAUGCAGCCAUAUAGAAAGCAUCACAAAGAAUACACUAUGAAUUGCUUUUCUCAGUUUUCCAGAUUGAUUUUAUUGCACGGUGUUUUAAGUGUGGUCUCGGAUUUGAAAUGGAGGAAUUUAAUAGAUUUGAGGUUUUUGUCAAAAAAGAAACUCUCUGAUUUAUCUAAGCGCUUGAUGGUUGCACUUCUCAAUUGGAGAGGUUAUUUUCAUAAUCAAAUAUGCUUCACAAAUGAAUCACUUGGGAAGUUAUUUGAUGAUUCGGUUCUUAAUGACUACAGAGCUUCAAAUAUCUUUUGGGCUAACUUAACUUUGUUUCAAUUUGCUGUUGUUGCAUUGCAUGUUGAUACUGUGUGUGUUGUCAGACUUGCGACAGAAUUUGUAUUUCAUACAAGUAGUUUAGAAGGUACGUCGAGAAGAAAUACGAAGAGUUAUGAAAGCGAUAGAAACCUCGAAGAAAUUGAACAAUGGACAAGAUCAGCAGACGGGAAGCUUGCAGUAGAGCAAUCUAGCAAAAUUUUGAAUACUGUUAUUAACAAUCCUGAAAUAAUAAGCUACCUUCCUCAUACUCCUUGGACAAUUUAUAUAGCAACAUUAACCGUAUGGUGCUUCGAAACAUACCAGGAUGCACCAUGUGGAUGUUCAAAUAAGAAUUUUUCACAUCAAAUAUCCGCUUCGAAGUAUUCAAUGCCUUUUGAAGAUGAAUUUGACUAUACGUUGGCACAAAAUGACGCUAUGUCGUAUCUAGCAAGAAAUUUAGAGGACAAAGAAGACAAUAUAGAAGAACCAGAGGGAGUAGAAGUAGAGCAAAAAUAUUGGAGAAAUAGACAGCAAGCGUUAGGAAUCGUUGUCUUUGUUAUGCUCUUUAUGAAGAAUUGUCAAUGGGGAAAUACUGAUACAUUAAGAAGAAAAUUAUAUUUAUUAGUUAAAUCACAUAAAUAA